AUGUUUUUUUAUAAAAAUGUUCAAAGAUAUUGUUUUUAUAGAAGAAUAUAUGAAAAUAUACAAAUCAUAAGGACAUUACAAAUUAAAGAAAAAGCAAAUAAUAAUGUAGCGAAAAGAAGAGAGGGUUGGUGGGAUAAUAAUGUAAAUAAAAAUGAUAGAAAUAUGUGUAGGUCAAAGAAUUAUUUGUCGGGAUCUACUACUAGGGAUGAUAAUAUGAAGGAUGAUAAUAUGAGGGAUGAUAAUAUGAAGGAUUAUAAUAUGAAGGAUUAUAAUAUGAAGGAUUAUAAUAUGAAGGAUGAUAAUUUGAAGGAUUGUAGUUUAAAGGAUGAUAAUUUGAAGGAUGGUAGUUUAAAGGAUGAUAAUUUGAAGGAUAGAAAUAUAAAAAAUGAUAAUAUGAAAGAUAAUAAUAACAAUAAUAGUAUUAAUAAUAAUAUUAAGGAUAACGAUGAAAAAGAUUUCUAUAAACGCAUCUUUUCCGAGUUAAAAAAAUUAAAUGAUAAAGGUUCAAACAGAUAUGUCCCUGUAGAUGAAAAAAAUACAAACACUAUAACAAAUGAAGAUCAUUUAUCAAAUAAGAAUAGCAUAGAAAGUGAAAAGAUUAAUGGUAGUUUUUCCUCUAUACAUGAUGAAGGAAAUAAUAAAGAAAAAAUUAAAAAUGAGAACAUCUGCAUUGUUCCACAAAGUAUUCAAUCAAAUGAUGUGUAUAAUAUAUCGAAACAAAAAAAGGGACAAUAUAAAAAUAAUGACAAAAAUGAAAAAUAUUUAAAAGAAAAAAAUAAAUAUUUAGUAAGAAAGGAUAUAUACUUAAAAGUUAAAGAUGAACAUAUUAAUAAUAAAGAAUUAUUACUAAAAAAAGAAAUAUGUUAUAAAAAAGAUAUGAAUAAAAAUAAUAAAUUAAAAAUGAAAAACAAAACAAAGGAAAAGGAUGAGGAGAUAUUAAUUAGAAAAAAUGAUAAGGAUAAAAUAUCUCAAUUGGAUAUAAUAAAUAAAAAUAAGGGGACAAAAAAUGUGGAUAAUAAAAAAAAUUAUUUGAUAGUAAAAAAUGAAAAUAAUGUGAAAGGUGGCAGUGGCAUCGGGAGUAGUAAUAAUAACACAAAUUACUUAUUAAGUAAUAAAUAUAAUAAUAAUAAGGGACUUUUAAAUAAUGGAAAAAAUAUUAAUAAUUUUGAAGGAGAAGAAAAAGAUGAUAUUCUUAAUUCACCAACUUAUAAUUAUAAAAAUAAAGAUAUAUCAAAUAAAAUUAUAAAUUCAUCACAAAAUAUUUUUUUAUCAAAUGUCGAAAAGAAUAAUAUAUUUGUUGAGUAUGAAACGUACUGGGAUAAUGAAAAAAUAAAAGAAAUAUUAGAACUUCAAAAAGAUACAAGGAUAUUGAAAAAUUAUUUAUUUAAAGGUGUACUAUAUAUUUCACCCUUUGAUACAAAUAAAUGCUUUGUUAUUAGUAAAGAAACAGAUGGAUUAAUGAAAUGUAAACUUUAUCCUGUGUAUGGUUAUAUAAGUAGGAAUAGAGCUUUAAAUGAUGACGUAGUAUAUGCAUAUACAGAAAGAAGAACUAUCAAAAAUGAAAAUGUUUCAAAUAUGGAAAUUAAUAUAGCAAUGGAAAAAGAAAAAGAUGAAGAGAGAGACAAAAUAGACAAUGUAAAAAAUCAAUACAAUGAAAAAGAAGAAAAUAAUAAUGAAAAAAUUGAAGAAAAUGAAAAGGCUAAAUUUUGUAGAGUUGUUCAAAUUGUUGAAAGGAAAAAUGUUGAAGUGGUGGGUUCUUUAAAUUAUUUAAAUAUAAAGGAAAAAAUAAAUAAUAUAUUUGGAAAGAAAAGUAAAUAUAAUAAAAAUAAAAAAAAAAAUGAAAAUGAAAAUGAAAAUGAAAAUUGCCAUAUAGAAUUGGAAGAUAAUAAUAUGGAAAAUAAUCUAGUUGAUGAUAUUUUUAAAUGUAACAAUAAUGAUAAUAUAAAUAAUAAUAAUAAUAAUAUAUUACAUUCAUCCAAUAUAUUUUCCCAUAUGAAUAAAAAAAAUAAUUAUGUGUAUGCUAAAGUACAACCAACAGAUUCUAGAUUACCUUGUUUUAUUUAUGACUCUUCAAAUAAUAUUACAAAUAUACUAUUAAAUUAUAUAAGAAAAGAAAAAUUAAAUGUAUAUGUUAUUGUAAAAUUUAAAGAAUGGGAAAAAAAUCAAAUAAAUCCUACAGGAAAUAUAACUACCAUUUUAGGUAAUGAGAAUAAUUUUUUUGGUAUCAUAUAUUUAUUUUUAUACUUAUAUAAAAUUCAAUAUUAUAUUUAUAAAAUAACAGAUAUGAAUUAUUUGAAAUCCAAAAUUGUGAUCAGUGAUAAAAUUAUCAACUGCUUUAUUAAUCGUAAAAAUAAUAUGGAACAGUUAUUAUUAUUAAAUGGACAUAACAAAGAAAAUGAAUAUUCCAUGGAAGAAAUAAAUAAAAAAAUUGCUUAUUUAAAAAAUGUCCAAAAAAAGAAUAAAAUGUUAGAAAGAUAUAUGUUGAAAAGCUUUUUGAUGAAUAGACAAAUAAUUACAGAUCUUGAUAUAUUUACUAUAGAUCCAACAAAAGCUAAAGAUUUGGAUGAUGCAUUGUCUAUAGAAUUUAUAAAGGAUAAUAAGGAACACCAAGAAUUAAAAUAUAGAUACAAAAUAGGAAUACAUAUAUCAGAUGUAUCCUUUUUUGUUACACCUAAUUCGUAUUAUGAUAAUCUAGCUUCAAAAUUAUGCAACACUGUAUAUAUGGAUUUUACGGUCCUUCAUAUGCUGCCAUCCAUUUUAAGCGAAGAAAUAUGCUCAUUAAACACCAGAGGAGAAAAGCUAGCAUUUUCCAUUUUUUUCUACGUAGAUAAUAUAAGUAACCCAUAUAAUAUCACGACAAUGGAAUAUUCUGGUUAUGAGAACAAACCACAUUUUAUAGAAAUUAAAAAAACAUUGAUAAGAAGUAAAUAUAAAUUAAAUUAUGAUAUGGUUGAAGAUUAUAUUGAUGAUAUAUAUAUAAAUAUAAAGGAAAAGGAUAAAAAUAUUAACAGUAUUGAAGAGAUAAUAUUAAUUAAUGGGAAUUUAUCAUUAUCCUAUUUUAUAUCAAAUUUUUAUGAUAUAUGUAAGAAGUAUAAUAUAUCUGAAAAAAUUGGUGGUGAUAUAUUCAGAUUAUAUUUAUUAUCAAAAAUGUUGAAACAGAAAACGAAGAGGAAAAAUAUAUAUCAAAAAUAUUCUUUAUUAUUUUCUUUAAACAAUAAUAAAAAGUAUAACUUAGAAAAAAUACUUCCAUUAAGUAUAGAAGAAUUAAGUAAUAAAUAUAUAACAUCAAUAAGUAAUAUUAAUCAUAUUAGUAAUAAGGAUAAUAUGUAUAAAAGUUUUAAUGAAUUUUUAAUAGAAGAAGGUUAUUUUAAUUUAUUAGAACCUAUGAAUUUAGAGAACGUGGAUAUAGAAAUAUUAGAAUAUAAGAAGAAGAGUCAUAUGUUAAUUGAAGAAAUGAUGAUAGUUACAAAUUUUUUAGUAGCAAAUAUUAUAUCUAUUAAUAAUAUGUUAGGUAUAUUAAGAAUACAUGAAGAUACAUCUGAAGACAUAAAAAAAAAUUUAUUAAAAAUUAUAGAUUAUCAAACAUAUAAUAAAAUUAAUACAAUGAUAAAUAUCAAAAAUAAUAAUAUUAAUGAUAUUUUAUCAGUUAGUGAAAAAGUAUUGAACGAAAAUCAGUACUUAUGUUUACAAUAUAAUUUAUUAAAAUAUUAUAAAGAAGCUAUAUAUAUACCAACAUUAGAAGGACAAAACAAUACAACACAUUUUGGCCUUGUCCUCAACAAAUAUAUUCAUUUUACCUCACCAAUAAGAAGAUAUAUAGAUAUAGUAAUUCAUCGAAUAUUACAAAGUUUAAUUGAUAAGGAUAAUAUUAAGUAUUAUAAUUAUGAUAUGUUAAAAAAUAUAUGUGACCAAUGUAAUUAUCAAAAGAAAAAAUCAGACGAGGCACAAGUUCAUAUGAAAAAUUAUUUCUUAAAUAAAUAUUUAAUAUAUCUGAAUGGUAUAUAUAAAAAAGUAAUAGAAAAUCGUCAUAUGAAUGGUUAUAGUGUCGAUGGAAAUGAUGAAAAUAUAAUUAAUUCGAGAAAUAAUAAUAAUGAUGAGAUAAUUAUGAAGAAAAAUAAUAGUGAUGAGAAUAAUAUUGAGAUAAAUAAUAUUGACAUAUAUAAUAGUGAUCAGAAUAAUAUUGAUAUAAAUAAUAUUGAUCAGAAUAAUAUUCAGAUAAAUAAUAAUUAUAUCCAUUUGAAGGAAGAAAAUGAAAAAUUAUGUGAAUCUUCAAAUAAAAACAUACAAGGAACAGAUUACACAAGAUUAUCAACGUAUAAAGAAAUUUUAUAUAUGUCCAAAUAUAUGCCUAUUAAAAAAUAUUUUUAUUUAAACAAUGGUAUUAUAAGUUUCUUAACAGAAGCAUAUAUCCAAGAAAUAAUUAUUACCAAAAAUAUAAGAGAAAAUAUAUGCUUAAAUAUAAUGAAAGAAAAUUAUAUUUCUAUUAAUGAAAAUUAUAGUAAUGAAAUAAUUCCAUAUACUUGUUUUAUUUGUAAUGAUUAUCAAUAUAAAAAUAUAGAAAAAAAUUAUACUCGCAAUGAUAAUUUAAAUAAUGACAAUUCAUUAUUUAAUUCGCAAAUAGAUAAUAAUGAAAAUGAAACUAAUGUAGAAAUAUUAUUUAAAAAAUCUAUAAAUGAAAAUAAUAAAUUAAAAAAUGCUAUUGUAUUUUAUGUACCAAUAUUGGAGAUAGAGAAAUCUAUAAGUGAUAAUUUGUUAAGUCUAAAAUUCCACUUUUUAAUUAUUUCUUAUAAGGAAAAAAUAUAUAUUUACAAUAUAUUAAAAGGUGUAUUAUAUGAAAUAUGUAGUAAUAUUUUAUUGUGUAGAAAUGAAAAAAAUAAUAAUGAUAUAUAUGAUGAUGAAAUUAAUUCUGAACAUGAAUGUAAACAAAAUAAACAAUUGUAUGAUAUUUUUGAAAAGAUUAAACAUAUGCAAUUGGAUAUAAAAUAUAAAAUGGAAAAUAUUGAAAAUAAAAAAGAUUUUCAAAAUGUAUAUGAUGAUUUAUAUAUUCGUGAUGUACUUAUUGAAAAGAAUAAAAUAGAAAAAGAUGAAGAAAAUAAAUCGAAUAUAUUGACAAAUAAAAAAAAUACUACCAUUAAUAACAUAUCAAAUGAACAAAAUUAUAUAAAUAAUAAAGUGGAAAAUGUUGAAAGUGAAUAUUUAAAAUGUUUAAAUGAUAAAAGAUUAGAAUAUAAAUAUUAUAAUAAUUAUGAAAAAUUAAGUAGAUUUCAAAAAAAUAAAAUUUUUAUAAUACCGGGAAGUCAAAUGUGGACCUUACGUCUAAUUUGA